UUAACAAAUACUCAUUCAGAUACACGAACAGUUAUAAUAGGUAGUGUACAUGGUGGUCAAACCGGCAAAGUAUUCGAAGAAAUUUUAACAUCUUAUUUUGAGAAUACUGUUGUUGAACUUCUACCUUGGUACAUGGAAAUUAGUCAAGAAAGAUAUUUACAAUUAUGGAAAUCAUGUCAAAAGGAAUUUAAAAAUCGUGCGAGCUCUACAAAACUAUUCAAAUUUUGGGGAAUGAAAAUUCCACAAUAA